CGGACCCAAUCCGCAGGUGUUAAUCAGCUUCCAUCGCGAGGAAGUACUCGCGAGCUGCAGCCUCAAAGGAGGAGGAAUCUGCAUUUGAGCGGAUCGCUGGACGGAGUCGUCAAAUCAUCGAUUCUGGUCGCGAAGAGCGCACUUGCCAUCUACAAGACAAGGACGCAAGUGAAUCCAAAACCAAAAGCGAGCGAGAGAGGGAGAGAGACAGAGACAGAGAUAGAGAGAGGAGUUAAAAAAUAGGAAAAGAACAAUAAACAAAGGGAGACCCACCACGCCACCCACUUUUCUCUCCCUUAAGACCCUCUCUUGGAUCUCUCCCCCUCUCUCUCAUAUGAUCGCACAGAGAGCUUUUGGAACUCCCAGCUGCUGCUUCUUCUUCUUCUUCUUCUUCUUCUUCCUCCUCAGUCUUUCUCUUCAUGGCUCUCCUCACUUUCCUACCGGACAGCUCCUCCAGCCACAAGCAAAAACCACCCCCUCCUUCCAAACGCAAGCGAACCAAGCAGCAGCACCACUACCACCAGAAGCAGCACCAGCACCAGCACGAGCAGGAUCCGAACCUGAAGCUGAAGCAAAAGCAGAAGCAGCCCGCGCCGCCGCCAACGCAGUCGUCGUGGGACCAAUUCAAGAGCCUCCUCACGUGCAAGCAGGUUGAGGGUUCCGCCGUCCAUGACCCCUCCAAGAGCAACAAGCUCGUCGCCGGCGGCUCCUCAUGCAGCUCCAUAUGCAGCUUCCGGGACGUCGUCCACGGCAACACCCGUGUGGUCCACCGGGCUGACAACUCCCCCGAGAGCAGCUCCGUCGGCCAGGAGGCCGGCCUCCUGAGCCGGAAAGGCGGGAGUGGGUCCUCUUCCUCCCGGUCGCUGGCUGGGUCGGCAAGAUCCCACGGCGGCGGCGGAGGAUCGUCGAGAGGCAUGCAAUUCAGGAAGCUCUCCGGGUGUUACGAGUGCCACAUGAUCGUUGACCCCAGCAGGUAUCCAUACACGCCCAGGUCAACCAUAUGCGCAUGCUCUCAGUGCGGCGAAGUCUUCCCUAAGCUUGAGAGCCUGGAGCUUCAUCAAGCAGUUCGUCAUGCCGUGUCGGAGCUGGCGCCGGAAGAUUCGGGCCGCCACAUCGUGGAGAUCAUCUUCAAGUCGAGCUGGCUGAAGAAGGACAACCCCAUCUGCCAGAUCGAGCGGAUCCUGAAGGUCCACAACACCCAGCGCACCAUCCAGCGCUUCGAGGACUGCCGGGACGCCGUCAAGACCCGCGCCCUCGCCAGCGCCCGCAAGAACCCGCGCUGCGCCGCCGACGGCAACGAGCUCCUCCGCUUCCACUGCACCACCCUCGCCUGCGCCCUCGGCUCCGGCGGCUCCGCCAGCCUCUGCGGUUCCGUGCCCGGCUGCGGCGUCUGCACCGUCAUCCGCCACGGCUUCCACGCCAGGGGCGGCCAGGGCGGGGGCGUCUGCACCACGGCCAGCAGCGGCCGGGCCCACGACUCGCUCCGGUGCGCCGACGGCCGGCGGGCCAUGCUCGUGUGCCGCGUCAUCGCUGGCCGGGUCCGCCGCGUGGCCGAGGACGCCACGGCCGCAGCAGCCGCAGCAGCCGGGGAGGAGGACGGCGGCGCCGCGGCUAUGGCGGCCGGCUCGUACGACUCCGUGGCGGGCCACGCCGGGGUGUACUCGAAUCUGGAGGAGCUGUUCGUGUUCAAUCCCAAGGCCAUCCUGCCUUGUUUCGUGGUGAUUUACAAGGCCCUCGAGUCUUGAAAAAGAUUAGUGGACAAUCUUUAAUGGAGCAUCAAACUUCAUUUUGGCUUUUGUCGUAAGGUUUUCAUUCGAUCAAGUGUUAGCACCAAACCAAGUCAGAGGUAGGCGUAGCUGAUGGACACGGUUGACUUUCGAUCAUCGAUUCACGAAUUUUGUAUAUAUUAAUGUGUUCUUUCGUUCGACAUAUAUAAUGUCGAAUUAUCAGGAACUUCAUCUUUCCGAUUGUCUAUUUAGGAUUUUGUGUUUACGAGUUUUUCAA